ACGCGCUGACAGCGUACAACGUUUGAUUGGACGGCCAUGGACGGGUGUAAUGGCAUGGCAUGGCAUGCGGCAUCCGAUGGAGAAGGCAUGGCAGCGGGCCAUUUUGUCGUCUGCGUAGCCAUUGCCCCAACGUAAUGGGAGCAAAAAGCUUUGAAAAUUUACGCAGCCCUUGAAUUAAUUGAUUGAGUUUUUUUUGUCUUUUUAUCUAGUGUUUCGUUAGCUCCUUCAAGUUGUGAUAAGCCAUGGCAGCUGAGCGUCAACAACCCAACGAAGGGAUAGAUGCUGCAACACGUUUAAAGAUUGCAGUAUACAAAGGAGAUGCAGAUAAGCUGAAGCAUAUUUUACCAGAUCGAGAAGAGCUACUCAAUGUAAAGGACCAACAUGGCAAUACAGCACUGCAUAUAGCUGUUGGGAGAAACUAUGUGCAUAUAAUAAGGCAGUUGAUAGAGUUUCAGCCGGACCUUUGUUAUUGUACUAAUGACGACCGUGAAACUCCUAUUUGUAUAGCAGCAAAACUGGGGCAUCUGGAAGCACUGAAAGAGUUGAUUGAAAGUAAACCAGAUGCUGUUAAGGAGCCAAACAAUUGUGGAAUGAACGUGCUACACUUAGCUGCCCAAGUUAGUCAAGUGCGAAUUGUUGAUUACUUGAAUAAAGCAGAAAAGGUAGAUUUAUCAGAGUUGGUGAACCAGGGACUUGAGAAACCUCAAUCUAUAAACGAGGCAGAUCAAAAACCUGAAAUUACAACCAAUUAUCCUACUUCAAUGAAAGAGCCCUUGGAAAGUGGAGACACACCUCUACAUGAGAAGCCUCAAUCUAUAAACGAGGCAGAUCAAAAACCUGAAAUUACAACCAAUUAUCCUACUUCAAUGAAAGAGCCCUUGGAAAGUGGAGACACACCUCUACAUGUUGCAGCAAGGACUAAAAACUUUCAUAUGGUGGUUUCGUUGCUGAAUAUACGGGGCAUAGACAAGGAAGCUUUCAACAAGGCAGGACUAACAGCCCUGGACAUUGUAAGAGAAAACACAGAGUACCAUGAAAGUUACCGGAUGAUUGCACUACUGGCAAAUUAUCCUCCCAAGAGCAAACCCUUCCUGUACAGCGCUCCAAAGGUAAGUGCCAAAAAAUACAAGAAAGCCAUUGACAUGGUCAAUAACACAUUUGAUGGCAGGCGCAACACAGAAUUAGUGGUAGCAGUGUUGUUGGCCACAAUGUCCUUUACGGCGGUCUUCACCAUUCCAGGAGGUUUCAAGACGGAGAUACAGAAAGAGAAUGGAGAGACAGAUAAAAUGUUAGGCCUGCCAAUUCUGAUUGGAAUCGAAUCCUUCAAGCUGUUUCUCAUUUUCGAUUGCCUGGCCUUUUUUGUGUCUCUAUUUGUGGUGCUCGUGUGGCAGAUGAGCACACCUCUUACCACGGGAGAUAAGGUAUUGUUCCUAAUUAUCACUAACUUGUUGGUUUGCGCCUCCUUUGCCUUCACAGCCUAUGGUUUCAUGGCUGCUGUCUAUACCAUGCUUGCCCAUAAACACCAAAAGCUUGCUUGGGUUCUGUUUUGGGCAUGCACCAUCAUCUGCUGCACUGGUAAUAUCGUUUUUUUCUAUUUGGCUGCAAUGUUUUCUGUAAAGCUGGUCAGAUUCAACUUCUUGCGCGGUGUACAUCCUUUCCUUCGUGAUCGUCUGUUGGAGUUUGUGUGGCUCAAAUUGGAAAGUAUUGGAGCUUUAGACUGCAUCCGCUCGUGCAAAAUCAGAUAUAUUAAUUGGCUUUAUGGCUAUACGCUCAUGGAAGAAGGAAAAGUGGAGAGUCAAUCAACAGAGCUGGUAAGUGGAGUCAGAUCCGGUAAAGAGGGGAAUCAAUCUACUGGUUGUUUAUCGAUGAGCUCUAGUAAAAGUAUGAGAUCUUGUAAAGAGGGGAAAAUCGAAAAUUUAUGAGAUUUACUGUUUGAGUUGGUUUAGUGGUGGAGAUUUUGUAUUUUUCGAAGGGAGGUUUCAUAAGUUCAAAUCUCACAAGCAAGUAAGGUAUUUAUGCCUUGUUUGUAGUGCAAUUGGUGCCUCCUAUAUUACUCUAACCUAUCUUAGACCCAUAUACAGAUUGCUGGCACCUUGUAUAAAAGACCUUUUCCUUUUAAACAAUGUAUGAUUAUUUAAAAAUUUUAAGU